AUGUCGUGUCCCGAUUGCUUCAGCGGCCAUGUCCACUCAGGCGAACCCCAAGGCCAGGUCACCAAGCUGCACGGGCUGGACGUCUAUGUCGCAUCGCCAGCGGGGGAUUCGACUGCCAUCAAAGGCAUCGUGAUCAUCAUCCCCGAUGCAUUCGGCUGGGAGUUUGUCAACAACCGGAUCUUGGCGGAUCACUACGCCCAGAAAAGCAAGUAUAAAGUAUACUUGCCGGAGUUCAUGAACGGAAAUGCUUGUCCCACGUCGGCGAUCACCACCAUGCGUGAUCUAUACAAGAACGACACCCUCUCGGACUGGUUGUGGAAGCCCUACUAUCUCAGCUGUGCCGUGAGCUCCAUGGUUCCGUUCAUGUACUCCAAUCGCUUCAGCAAGGCCUGGCCCGUCGUCAAGUCGUUCUUCGCCGCUGUGCGCCAGAACGAAGGCUCCGGGCUGCCCAUCGGAGCAGCCGGAUUUUGCUGGGGAGGAAAGUAUGUCGUCAAUCUUGUGCACGGGGCCGAAGUGGACGGCAAGCCGUUGAUUGAUGCCGGUUUUACGGGCCACCCCAGCUUUCUGAAGAUACCCGAAGAGAUUGAGAAGAUCCGGAUUCCCGUUAGUUUUGCCAUGGGCGAACUGGAUAUGGUGGUGAAGAAGCCGCAGGUUGAACAAAUUCAAAGAAUCGUUGACAGCAAGGGUGUGGGAGAGGUCAGGGUUUACUCCGGAGCUGGGCAUGGAUUCUGCGUGCGAGCGGACCAUGUUCUUGACAAUGCUGAGAAGCAGGCUGCUGAAGCGGAGGAUCAGGCUCUGGAGUGGUUCAAUCGCCAUUUCGCUAAUGUUUCUUAUUGA